AUGCUCUACGUCAUAGGAUUAGGCCUCUCAGAUGAGAAGGACAUCACCGUCAAGGGUCUCGAGGCGAUAAAAGGCUGUUCCCGGAUCUACCUCGAAUACUACACCUCCGUACUCACCGUCUCCACCGAGCGACUGGAGGCAUUCUAUGGCAAACCUAUCAUCCCUGCCUACCGCGAGACGGUCGAGCUGGAGGCGGACGAGAUCCUUCGGGAUGCGGACAAGGAGGAUGUUGCUUUCCUCGUCGCUGGAGACCCCUUGAGCGCGACGACCCACACUGACCUCCUCCUCCGCGCUGCGGCCCUCAAGAUCCCCACGCAAGUCAUCCACAAUACCUCUAUCCUCACCGCGCUCGGCUCGACGGGUCUUCAGCUGUAUAGCUUCGGCCAGACACUCAGUCUGCCGUUUUACACGGAGACAUGGACGCCCGGGAGCUGGUAUGAUCGCCUGGAGGAGAAUCUGCGGGUGGGGAUGCAUACGCUGGUAUUGCUGGAUAUCAAGGUCAGGGAGCAGAGUGAGGAGAAUAUGGCCAGGGGACGGCUGAUCUACGAGCCACCACGGUUCAUGUCCCCAUAUACCGCCUUCCAGCAGAUGCUCCUCACUGAAGCACAGCGCCAUCCUCCCGUAGCCGCCGCCAGCACCUCUUCGUCCGCUUCCGCCUCAGCUCCCCCGCCGGCGCCAGCGGCAGAUGACGACGAUGACGAGCCCACACCCGACGCUGGACCAUCCCUCCUACCUCCCGCAUCCACUCUCGCCAUCUCGCUCUCCCGUAUGGGCACACCAACCCAGCGGCUCAUAUCGGGUACUCUGGAAGAGUUGAGCCAAUUGCCAGAGGAGGAGUUCGGUGGUCCCCUUCACUCGGUCGUCAUCGUUGGAAGCAGAUUACAUCCGCUCGAGCUGGAAUUUGCGGGUCAGUUCGCCAUCGGUGGAGAGCAGGGAGGAUGGUGGAAGGUCGGACAGGAAGUGUACAAGGUGGAGCGAGAAGGGCACUAG